AUGAGCCUAUUCAAGAUCCCCUUCAUUCUGGUUUCAGCCAUUGGCAUCCAGAUUUCGUUGACUGAUCCUUCUCCGUCACCGUCAUCUAAAGAGAAGGUGAUGCCCUCCUCGUCCGAAUCCUUCAUUGAAUGGUUUUUGAAACUUCGCGGUACGAAGUUACUGCAGAUCAGCGCAUGGGCAGCAUCGUGUGCUGAAGUGGCUAGCAUCCUGGCUAUACAUAUAGAUCCCUCGCAUAUUCCAGAAGACAUUUAUGGCGCUAGCGCUGUGCGGUUUUUACGCAUUCUUCACCCAACACCAAUCACCCCUGCUUUUCUUGCCGGCAGUAUUGCCAUCAUGGUUGGUGGCGUAUUGAGGCUUUAUUGUAUGGCGACGUUAGGAAAGCUUUGGAGCUUCCAUCUCAGCGUCAGGAAAGAGCACAGACUUGUGACAAGCGGGCCGUACUCGGUGGUCCGCCACCCGAGCUACACUGGUCUCCUUUUCCAAAGCACCGGGGUCGCCAUCAUGUACGGAAGUCGAGGAUCGUGGAUGAGGCAGUCUGGGAUAUUACAAGUGCCUUUGAUCAAAGUGUUAGCAAUGGCUAGCUUUUUCGUAUUUAUCACAUUAGCCGCUUGGGUUUCCAUCAGCCGACCUGCACAUGAGGACCGAAUGUUGCAGCGUGCUCUAGGAGGAGAAUGGGAGAAUUGGGCAAAGAAGGUGAAAUACCGGCUUAUUCCUGGGGUUUAUUGA